UUCCAAUCUAGUUUCCCGCGAAUUUCCGUGCAGCUAUGGAAUCACUGCGAUGUUACGAAGAGGCCAAUUGAAAACCCUCGUUUUGAAGUUCACCAGUGUGCGAGAAUAUGAAGAACAAGGAGAAGAAGAGCGCAUACGAGUACUGCAUCGUCUGCAAACUAAGCCACGACCAAGGCCAGCGCCAUAAGUAUUUUCCCAACCACAAGAAAUCUCUUUCUACUUUUCUAUCUCGGCUCGAGUCCAAGCUGUCCGACGUUCGCUUUUUUCUCAAUACCCCUUCCCGCCUCCCGCCGGAGUACGCCUCUCGCAAUCGGUUUUGGUGCAUUUUCUGCGAAAUUGAAGUCGAUGAGAAUGAUAGUUCCUUCGCAUGUAGCAAUGCAAUUAAACACCUGGCCAGCGCGGAUCAUCUGAAGAAUUUGAAGCAUUUCUUAUGGAAGUAUGGUGGUGAUAUGGACCAUCUGGAUAAUUAUAGGAUUUUGGAAGCUGAUGUAGCUAAGUGGGAGAAGAAGUGCAAAACACAAAGUGAAGCUGCUUCAUCUAGCUUUGGACCUACAAAUGAUAUCCACAAUCGAGUCCAAUAUGGAAAUUGUGAUAAUUUAGGGAAUAAUAAUAUCCACUCUGUUGAAUCUUGUAUGCCAAUUAGUGCUUUGCCUUUACACAGUCAUACAAAUGAGUAUCAGGUAUCCAAUUCAUCCUAUUCAGGAUCAUCUGAUGUUUCAAAUUUUGUCUCGUUUCCACGUGAUACCACUGUUUCUUUGCAUGCCAGUUCAUAUUCUGGCGCACACGUGUGGAGUUCAAAGAAUGUAACAUUUAACAAGGACAACGAGCAUUGCCAUCAGAAUAGUGGUAGAACAUUCACUGCUAAUGGGCAUUUCAGUGGUCAGGGGAUGUACGAGAUGCGUCAGAAUGAUAAAACUGUGAAUGAAGAAAGCCAUUCUGAGGGUUUUCCGACCCUCACUCGGAUUUCUAAUACUGUUUCUGAAGUCUCUGGAGGAAAUGUUCAUUCUGGGAUGAUGCCUCCUUGGCUUGAAAACUCUGAAGAUAGUGGGUUUAAGUUAAAAACAGUGGUUGGUAGUGGUGUUUCUGCAAAGUCCAAGAAAUUGAACCCCAAACGGGUAGGAGCUGCAUGGGCAGAAAAAAGAAAGAUGGAACUGGAAAUGGAGAAGAGAGGAGAAAUUGUCCGAAGCAAUGGUGACGAGAAUUGGCUUCCUAAUUUUGGUAGAGUAUGGCAAUCUGGUAGCCGUAAAGAAUCUAGAAAGGAAUUUCAGAAGGAGAAAUCAAAAUUUCUGAUGGUUGAAAAUUCACCCGAAUCAAAAGUCAACAUACAGCCAUACAUAAGCAAACGGAUGCGAAGAAAUCAGGAAAAUGAUGAUGAUACUACCGAUCACGGGAGCGUAUAAAACAAUGAUUGAGAAUCACUGUGUAGGCACAUUCCUUAUCAAGUUCAGUUUGGAGACUGACUUCGGUAGGAGUUUGAUAGGAAACUUCAGAGUGUGGCUGGGAUUCCGCCUAUUCAUUAGUUUAUUGGCAAUUCGCACAAAUCUUUUGUAGUAAACAUGACUUCAAUUUUCUCAUGAUAUCAGUGGUAUUUGAGAACAUGAUUCUUUUAACCAAUAUAGCUUCAUCAACAUUGUACAAAUGAUGAAAUUAUGUUGGAUCACUCUGAGCAUUCACUAUUCCAUUUAAUUGCAAAUUAGUGUUUGAUCACACUGUUAAAGGCAUUGCUUCAUGUUUUCAACCCUUUUUGCACUUAUUCCAAAUAUCUGCUGCUAUCGAUUUUGUAAUCUGAAACAAGUAUAUUUCGUAAAUAUGUACCUCGACAGCCUUUUUGUUUUCUUCUGCAGUCCUGGUUGGGCAAGGCGGAUGUAAAUAUUGAUCUUAUGUAUGCAAGCCAGAAUACUAUAGUUUCCUCGUGUACUAUAUAAUUACUACUCUAGAACAUUUUCCCCCCAAACCAAUGAACCAAUUCCUGGUUGGUCAGGGCUUGAUCUACGCUGUAUAAUUACUGUUUCAUGAUCAUUAUACUAAACAAAUGAAAGAAAUUUGUUUUCUUAUGGCAGUUGCUGGAAUUUGAUUCUACAAAAUGUACGUGUUGCUUUACAGAGGCCAAGCAGCGGUUCCAUCCCUCCGACUCCAUCUUGUUCCAAUUGCAGUCAAGAAAGGUGCACAGGGACUGAUCGUACGCAUGUUUCUCUGUACCUUCGUCUCAGAAGAAAAAUAAUCUCAUUACUGGAUCAUAAUGCCUUUGUCAGGGCAGAAUCUAGUAGAAUUUAUCUCAUUUCUAAUCCUGAAAAUCCAGAGUUUCCCUCUGGAGGAAAUCAAGUUUUCAUCACAAAGGAACUCCCAAGAAUACCACUUCUCGAUCAUACGAUCUAUAUCGUGUAUAACUACAUCAGUGGUGUUCCCCUCUCUUGCUAUGAUAGCAGCACUGUAAAUUGUUGCCAUUCUUCCUGGUGCCUGAGGGGCAUCUCCUAUUGGUCCAUCUACAACCACCACAUCCCAUUUGACUUCAUAAACUUCUCUGGGAAGAUCUGUCAAGGCUAGUUGGCACUUGGAUAAAUUCUUGAGCCCCGAGUUCGGGGCACAUGCUUUAUUUUGUCUUGCAUGCUUUAACAACUUGUAAGCUUUUUCUGCGGGAUGCUUGUAAUCAACUUUGUAGAUUCGUGUGUGAUUUGAGCUGAUUUUGAAUGUGCUCAGCUUGUAGGGAUCGUCCUCUAGAAAAACAUUCUUACCACCAUCAUUGAUUGCCGAGAGGUUAAGGUACUGUGAUUCCAGCCCAAAGACAAGGAGAUUGCAGGGUGCCUUUUUGGCAAUCAGAUUUGAAAGAAGCUUGAAUUCCUUCUCUGAAAUGGCGACUUCAUUAGCAGAGGCUCUACUUUGGUUUAUUGAGAACCCAAAUAUUGGGCGUUGAAGCUUUGGAGGCAAUGCAAUUGCUAGAAGUGAAGAAGUAGAAGAGGUGGUAAGUGCAAUCCUAACAAGUCUGAGAAUGGAGAGACUAGACAGAACCAACACGAGAACAGGUAUGAUCUUUUUUCUUGUAAAAUUCAUGCUUUUGCUUCCUCUACUGUUUUUCAAGCUUAAUGAUGGGUAUGGCUGCUGUAAGGAUGGGACAGAGGGGGGAGAAAACAAGGAUUCCGAUGACACAAGUGGGUGGCAAUCCGCUAAAUCUGGAGGCAUUUUCUCUUACUGUUGUUGGCUUUCAGCCGCAUCACAGCCACCAUCUUAUUUUUAUUAAGAGGGACAGUGGACGGGUGUUGCUGGGUGCUAGUUGUUAUGCCUAAUCACCCACUUGAGUGUGGAAAAAGAAAUGCUUUUGCUUAUUCCCAAAGCAUUGCCUUUUUGUAUUUACCAGUCGGCUGUGCUACUUGUGCUGUGGUUACCACCUUGCAUUUGGGGGAUCAAAAGUGGCUACUGUGAAGCCUUGAAAUGAUAUAUAAAUUUCUAGUAGUUUGGUGUUUCAAUCAUUGUUUUCAGAUGGUGACUUGGGGUUUCAUCGAGACAUCUGUCAUCUUUUUGGCCCCGUUUGGUGGCCAUGAGUAGAGUUGAAGGUUGCUUUCCAGUGGUUGCUGGGUCAUUCCCUUCCAUUUUGACCUUCUCGAGCCUUGUUAUUUUCUUCUGUGUCUUCUUGUCUCAAAGGUUGAAAUACUUUGCCGUGCGUCACUCAAGGUGAAUUCAGACCCUCGGAAGGCUUCAAAUUGAUCUUCAUUUACUGAGUUCUGAUGCACAUUCUGUGUUAAAUGGCCAAUGAAUGGCUUAUGAGUCACUAUUGCUAUACUCUUCGCCAGACCCUGUAGGAAAGAAAAAACGAUCAGCGAUCGCGGGGACAGGAAGCCGAGGAAGAGGGCAAAGGAAAGGCCAAACCAACCUGAAAGUUUCAACUUGUAACUCUGUGAAAAAGAUAAUUUGCUCACAAUUUACACUCUGAAUUUAUCAACUGAUGAACAUAUUUACAUAUGCAUGAAUACAAAAGUUCAGGUUAGAUGCAGACUGCAGAGGGGAGAAAUUCCAGUUUAGUGGUCAUUUUCAAGAGAAGCUUCGUGGAAAGUACUGAAGCAAAAUAAUUAACAGUAAAGAGCUGUUUGAAAGGUGACUCAAAAUAGGGAAAAAACAUCAACUCUGAGCUUCUUCUUCUUCUUCUUCUUCUUCUUUUUUUUUUUUUUGUAUAUUAUAAAAAAAAGUCAUUGUAUGAAAACAGAGAAUCAGUUUCUUGCAAUUGAAACGCAGAUGUUGUACACGACCAAGUCUUCAAUCAAAUAAUGGUUAAUAUUUAA